AUGUCGCACUCGGACGAACCAAUUGUAGAGGAACAGCAGCAGCCAAGCGAAGAGCAACCUCUCUUACAAUCGGAGGUAGUGAAGGAAUGGAGUCCACCACCAGGAUUUUUGUUGAUUCAAUUUGCGAUCAUGGCCAACGUUUUCUUGGGCGGAUUCGAUGGAACAAUCACUGCCUCGACCUAUGCAGUGAUCAGCUCCGAAUUUAACGCUGCGAACACAGCGUCGUGGUUGACCACCUCGUAUUUGAUUACGAGCACGGCAUUCCAGCCUCUCUAUGGUCGUUUCUCUGAUCUGCUCGGUCGCCGAUCUUGUUUCUUCACCGCCACGAUCACUUUCAUGGCCGGUUGUCUGGGUUGUGCCAUCGCACGCGAUGUCGUCUUCUUGAACAUUAUGCGGGCUUUGACAGGCAUCGGUGGUGGAGGAUUGAUGACGAUGGCCACUAUCAUCAAUUCUGAUCUGAUUCCUUUCCGCCAGCGUGGAAUGUACCAGGCUAUUCAGAAUGUCUCUUAUGGAUUCGGUGGCAUCUGUGGUGCGUCUUUCGGCGGUUCCAUCGUCGACUCCAUUGGAUGGCGCUGGUGUUUCCUUUUGCAAGUACCCGUGUCUCUCUUCGCGUUGGGCAUGGGCUAUGUCGUCCUGAAAUUCCCAACACGAGGCACGGAAUGCGCAGACGGUCGACCACAGGGCAUUUGGCAGCAGAUCGAUGUGUGGGGUGCGCUCCUGUUGAUCCUGGGCCUGUCCGCCCAGUUGGUCGGGCUCAGUUUGGGCGGCAACAUUCUGCCCUGGAGUCACGUUUGGGUGGUCACUCCGUUGGUCGGAAGUGUGAUUCUUCUUUUUGCAUCUGUUGCCGUUGAGGCAAAGACUUCGGCCGUGCCUCUAAUUCCAUUGAAGAUGUUGCGCGGAACCCUCCCUGUUUCCACCCAGAUUGCCAAUGUCUGCGUGGGAAUGGCGGCUUAUGCCUACCUCUUCACUCUGCCUUUGAUGUUCCAGGUCAUUCUACUGGACUCGCCCAGUAGAGCUGGGACUCGUCUGGUUAUUCCAUGCCUUUUUACCCCAUUGGGUGGUCUCAUAGCUGGCAUUGUAAUGUCGCGCUGGGGCAAGCUCGCAUACAUAGUGCGCACCGGUGCGGCCUUGAUGUUUGUCGGAAACUUCUUGGUCAUGCUACUCCGUUUCAAUGACUCGGAAUGGAAAUACUUCGCCUUCGUCAUUCCCGCAAACCUAGGCCAGGGCAUGGUGUACCCAGGAAUCUUGUUCACCUUCCUGGCAGCAUUCGACCACUCUGACCACGCCGUAUCCGCUUCAACCGUCUAUCUCAUCCGUUCACUCGGAACCGUUUGGGGUGUCGCAAUCACCUCCACCAUCAUGCAGAAUACAUUGAGCUCAGGCCUCGGGGAGGCCUUGAGUGGAUUACCAGACAAAUGGAAAGUGAUUGAUGAAAUCCGCCACUCCGUCUCCGCCAUUUAUGACCUUCCCCCAGAUGUGCAAAUGGCUGCCCGACUGGUCUAUUAUCGCGGUAUUAGACUAUCAUUCAUGGCGUCGGCAGUCUUUGCUUUCGUCGCGACCGUCGCUGCUCUGUUCACCCGUGGAAAGGGACUGGAGCGCGCGGGCGCCAAGUAA